AUGGCGGUCAAUCGCAGCAUGUCGCACCUCGUCAACCCGCUGGCGACGACAUUGCAGCUCUACCUUCGCGCGUCGCUCUCGUCACUGCCUCCAGACCUGCAAGAAUCCGUCUUCAUCGCCACGCAAUGCCUCACCCAGGCCGCCGGCCAGCUCCUGCGCCUCCCGCAGUCCGUCACGGCCCAGGCAAGCGUCAUUCUCGCUCGCUACUGGCUGGUGGACUCUCCUAUGGCCCAUGAGUUUAGUGAUGCGUCGGCCGCAGCGCUUUUCCUCGUGGCCAAGCUGGGCCCGAUGCCUCGAUCGGUUCGCGAUGUCUCGUGCGUCUAUGCCUACCUUUCAUCUCGAGACUCGCCACUCUUGCGCGCUGGAGAAGCGCCGCCGGACGAUCCCGAGUCGUACUACCAGACCGCGGCUGAUUUCUUUUCCUUUUCCAAUCGACUGCUGGCCCUCGAGGCGCGCAUCCUCCAUACCUUGUCCUUUGACGCUCACGUCUCGCUGCCACACCCACUCGCCAUUACCUACCUUCAGACACUCGACUUUUUCUCCCAAUCCAAAUCCGAGGUGUCGCUACGCACCAUCCAAUACCUCAACACGGCUCUCCUGUCGCCCCAGAUGUUGUACCUGACGCAUCAGCCACACGCACUGGCCACGGCGGCCAUCUACAACGCGGCGCGCGACCUCGGGGCCAAGCUACCAGAAUGCGAGUGGUGGGAAGUCUUUGACGUGGACAGGGAAGAGCUCGGCUUCCUGGUCGUUGCCAUGAGAAGUCUGGAGGGAUGGUGGCGCAAGCGGAAAGAAGAACUCGGUCCGCUCGGCGAGCGCAUGCUGACGCGCCAGACGGUGGAGCAGGAGAUGCGCAGGAGAGGCCUGCAGGUGGAGAACGGGGUCGAGGGCGAUGGUGAGGAAGCGGAAAUCAUGAAAAUGAUGGACAACCGGUGA